AUGUCAGACAGACCAAAGACUUAUUUUGAUAUUUCUAUUGCAGGCAAACCAAAGGGCCGUAUUGUAUUUGAGUUAUACAAUGAUAUAGUUCCUAAGACAGCUGAAAACUUUUAUAAAUUAUGUGAAGGCAACAGUGGUAUGGCAAAGUCUAAACCAGAUGUACCACUGUCUUAUAAAGGAUCUAUUUUUCAUAGGGUUAUUAAGGAUUUCAUGUGUCAAUUUGGUGAUUUCACUAAUUUUAAUGGGACAGGUGGUGAAAGUAUCUAUGGUGAGAAGUUUGAAGACGAAAACUUCACAUUAAAACAUGAUAGAUCAUUUCUUUUAUCUAUGGCUAAUGCAGGUCCUAAUACCAACGGAUCACAAGCUUUUAUCACUUGCGUUCCCACACCACAUUUAGACGGUAAACAUGUUGUCUUUGGGGAGGUUAUUCAAGGUAAAAGAAUUGUUCGCUUAAUUGAAAAUUUACAAGUUGAUCAAGAUAACAAUUUACCAUUCCAAGAGGUUAAAAUUGAAGACUGUGGUGUUUUACCAAACGACUAUGUUGUUCCUGAGGAUGCAGAGAUGACACCGGUUGAUGAAUACGGUGAUAAUUAUGAAGAUUCGUUAAAAAAUGAUUCGAAAGUAGAUAUCAAUGAUGUUGAGUCAGUUUUAAAGGCUGUUGAGUUUGUCAAAAAUAUCGGUACAGAACAAUUUAAAAAGAAAAAUUUGGCUAUUGCUUUAGAGAAAUAUCAAAAAUGUGAUAAAUUUCUAAAAGAAUAUUUCCCCAAUGAUUUGUCAGAAGGUGAUAUAAAAAGAGUUAAUGCUUUGAAAAUUUCAAUUCCAUUAAAUAUUGCUCUUGUUGCAUUAAAAUUAAAUGAUAAUAGAGCUGUUCUUGUUGCCGCAUCAGAAGUGUUAUAUGCAGAAGGUGCUGAUGAUUUAGCUAAAGCUAAAGCAUUGUAUCGUCGUGGUUUGGCCUAUGCCAAUGUUAAUGACACUGAUAUGGCUUUAACAGAUUUAGAGUUAGCUGCUACUUUCCAUCCAAAUGAUGCAGCUAUUCAUAAAGCUAUUAAAGAUACAAAGGCUAAGAGAAAGCAACAGAUUGAAAAACAAAAGAAAUCACUUUCAAAGAUGUUUGCUUAA